CAUUUCAUCUUCACCAAAUCACACUUACUUCAAGCUAAAUCUUAACAAAAGAUUUCGGAUCCUGGGUUUCAAUGGAUGCUCCACCAGGAUCCACAAUCCAUUCGAUCCCAACCCGUUUAAAUUCUUUCAUAGCUAACACCAAAGUAGGCAAAAGAUUCAAACUAACCGAAAGAAACACCAGUUUCACCACCGAGUUAAGAGCCGGCACCGCCACUUUCCUUACCAUGGCAUAUAUCUUAGCCGUAAACGCCAGCAUAUUAACGGAUUCAGGCGGUUCAUGCGGCGUCACCGACUGUCACAACCCGAGCGAAACCUGCAAGUUUCCACCACUUGACCCAGGCUAUGCAGCUUGCCUCGAAAGGACCCGUAAGGACUUGAUUGUAGCCACAGUAAUAUCGUCUUUUAUUGGGUGUUUAAUCAUGGGUAUAUUCGCUAACCUUCCUUUAGCAUUAGCUCCAGGGAUGGGCACUAAUGCUUAUUUUGCUUAUACAGUUGUGGGGUAUCAUGGUACUGGUAAUUUACCUUACCAAAGUGCUUUAACAGCUAUAUUCAUUGAAGGGUUACUUUUUUUCCUCGUUUCCGCCAUUGGUUUACGAGCAAAGCUUGCUAAACUUGUUCCGAAACCGGUACGAAUCUCUUCGUCGACCGGUAUCGGACUGCUCCUCGCUUUCAUCGGUUUACAAAGUAACCAAGGCAUUGGUCUCGUUGGUUUUAGUCCUUCAACGUUGGUUACACUAGCUGCUUGUCCUAGAUCUUCAAGGAAAGGUUUAGCUCCGGUUGUUACUGCGGCGAACAGUAGUUUAAGCUUUGUCGAUGGCGGAACCGUGUCGAGUGACGUAUUUUGUAUGAACCACCGUAUGGAAAGCCCAACGUUUUGGCUUGGCGUUGUUGGUUUUUGUAUCAUUGCCGUUUGUUUAGUGAAAAACAUCAAAGGUGCAAUGAUAUAUGGUAUCGUUUUUGUCACGGUUGUUUCAUGGUUUCGGAACACUUCCGUCACGGCUUUCCCCAACACCGAUGCCGGAAACUCCGCAUAUCGGUAUUUCAGAAACAUCGUCGACGUUCACGGCAUAAAAACUACGGCGGGGGCAUUGAAUUUCAAGGGUAUGAAUAAAGGAUACUUUUGGGAAGCAUUGAUAACGUUUCUAUAUGUGGACAUAUUAGAUACCACGGCUACAUUAUACUCCAUGGCUCGAUUCGCCGGUUUCGUUGACGAAACCGGUGAUUUCGAGGGCCAGUACUUUGCUUUCAUGUCAGACGCGGCGUCCAUCAUGGUGGGAUCGCUCCUCGGGACAUCACCGGUGACCACAUUCAUCGAAUCUUCAACAGGGAUUCGAGAAGGGGGACGAACUGGCCUAACUGCCUUAACGGUUGCGGGGUAUUUCCUUUUGGCAUUCUUCUUUACACCGUUGUUGGCAUCGAUCCCGGCAUGGGCCGUUGGGCCGCCGUUGAUACUGGUUGGGGUGUUGAUGAUGAGAUCGGCGGUGGAGGUGGAGUGGGAGGACAUGAGGCAGGCCAUCCCUGCAUUUGUGACAAUGAUUUUGAUGCCAUUGACAUAUUCCAUUGCAUAUGGUCUAAUUGGAGGCAUUGGGACUUAUAUUGUUUUGAAUAUUUGGGAUUGGCCCAAAACAAUUUGGUGAAUCGAAGAACUAAUGUAAAUUUCAAUAAUUCUACUACUUCUCAAGGGGACGAUGAUGAGAUACCUCAAGCUUAAGCUAUUUGAAAGUUUUCAUUUAAGU